UGCUACACUAGGCGCCACUUCGCCUUUUGCCGAAAUUAGGAAAAACCCCUCCCUUGACGCCUUUUCUGUGCACGGUCUCAAAGUUUCCUCUACGCAUUUUCAGAAGGUCAAACACUAUCAGUGAAUAACUGUGAAAGCCCUAGCGUAAAAUUUCGCUGAUUCUUUUCAUGCCCGGAUGUAACGCUACAAAGAAGCAGCACAGCGAGCCUUUCGACAGUGUUUGAACAAAACCUAAGAGAGCUUACGCUUGGGUUCGCAUUAUGUGGCAGUGAUUUGAAGUGUUCAGAACACCAUCUGUACGAUGAAACUGGAGCGGGGAAUCCCCGUAGUGGGGUGGUUAUUUUUGCUGUGCUUGAGAUGUGUGCAAUCCGAAGUUUACAACGAAUGGGGCAUGGUGGUGGAACAAAACAAAGCGUUGGUAAUGGACGGAGAGAAAGUGAAAGAUCCAUCGUCAUAUCCGUGGCACGUUGCCAUCUAUCGCCAGACUGCUUUACGUGGAGGUGGCUCAAUUAUUUCUGAAAGAUAUGUUUUAACAGUGACGCAUGUGACGUACUACGAUGAACAGGAAUUGCAUCCGACUGAUUUAACCGUAAAAGCUGGUUUAAUUAAUUUAAAGAAAAUGGUUAAACCUUUGAAUGUCACUGAAAUCAUUCGGUACCCAGGAUAUGAUAAAACAACUCUACUGAAUGACAUAUGCUUGUUAAAACUUGCUGAUAAAAUAAUUUAUAGCAAUACCAUUCGCCCUGUGAAGCUAUGGUCCAAUCCUGAUAACAUGGACUCUGAACGAAUGAAAAAGCUUAAACAAACUGUUGUAGGGUUCGGCCUGACAAGAGACUCGAAGCAUUCUGAUGACUUAAUCAAGGCUGAUGUUAAUCGCCGUGAAAAUUCAGAUUGCACCAAAAAUGUAAAACAAUUCAAACCGUUGUUGGACUUGAAUAGAAGCUUCUGCGCCUUAGGUAAGGCUACAGUCUGUUCGGGAGACAGUGGUGGAGGAUCAGCUUAUUUUAGUGAAGGACGAAAAAGAUACUACCUUACUGGGUUGGUUAGUCAGGGCGUAAUGCAAGGAGAAACCUGCGCGCCAGCCAAGGAGGUACUGUACACCAAAAUAGAAUAUUAUAGCAAAUGGAUCGAGAAAAGUGCUAUUCCAAUGGAAUACAACCUGUUGGGAAUUUCUGACUGCAGUGCUUCUACGGAAAACGAAAAAUCGCAACCUGUUCUCCAAGGCUUGGUGAAUUUGAAAUACGCCUUCAGGAAGUCACUUUUCAUCAGCGAUUGUCAUGGAGUGCUAAUAACGAGGAAACAUGUGUUGACACAAGCAAGUUGUGUAGACAGUAACUCAAUACGGAAACUACACGCAGUUGCUGUUGGAAGCUCAGCCAUCAACAGCCAUUUCGAGCCAUCUCAACAAUACACCAUCCAAGAGACGAAAGUGGAUAAUGAAAUAGCAAUCAUAACAUUGGCUAAAGAAGUGGAUCAAUCUAUCAAACCAAUGUGUCUUCCGACAAAGCUAGAAAAUGGCGUGCCAAAUAUAGCAUUUUGGAAACGGGAGGUCAACCAUCCCAAGCUUAGACAGUUUUACAAUCUAACAUUGGCAACUGCGUUGGACCAGAUUCGUGAAGGACACUUACCAAGGAUGGAUUUGCGGAACGUUGAUAAGGACAACGAGAGGCUGGGAGGUUCACCCUGGUUGUAUACGGUCGCCGCUCCAUCUGGAUCACACGUGUAUCUGAGAGCAUUAGAGAAAUGCCCAAUCGAGGGAUGUGGACACGCACGUGGUGCUAGUUUUAUUGACAUACUGAGCUAUGUUGAAAGGAUCAGAGAUAAUCUGAAAGAUUACAUUGGCAAUGAAUGGAAAUACCCACCACUAGAUAUUGAUAUCAAAAAGAAUCAAACGAAUGCUUAAACACUACAAUGACGUUUUCAAUAAACAGCGUAGACUCAA